UUAUUGCCUCAACCGCUGAGUAAUGGCUUGUCCGUUUAGUUAUAAGAUGGGAGGCACUUUGGUCACAUAUAUUCUCUUGAGUUCUUUCCUUCUUGCCAACGCUCGAAAUGUCGAAUACUUCGAGUCUGGGGAUGGUUGUGGUGCGGCUGUUGAGAUUUCUUUGCGAUCCGAGCCUUUGGACGUUGCAGAUCCCAAACGUUGUGUCAUGGUGAAAUUUCCAGCGACAGCGGAAUUCGAGGCCGGAAUCCAGCAGGAAAGCUAUCGAAUUGAGGACAAAAUAAGGAGCAAAUUUGGAAGUUGGGGAGCGUGGUCUGAGUGGUCUAGCUGUUCUGAGACGUGCGGUUCUGGUCAAAAACAGCGAUCCCGAAUCUGUAAUUCUGACCAACCUAAUCUUUAUUGCAAAGGGAGCGCAACCGGAGUUCGCUAUUGUCUCAUUGUGAGCUGUCCAGUUCAUGGCCUAUGGGUGGAGUGGAGUUCCUGGGACGCCUGUCAAGAUGAUUGCUCCUUGACUUUGGAAUCUCGUACUCGAUCUUGCACCAAUCCAGCCCCAAAACAUGGUGGAGAUUCUUGUUCUGGAUUUAGUCUAGACCAGAGGAAUUGCACCAGCCAAGCCGUUUGUCCAGGCUCAUGGUCGAGCUGGACAUCAUGGAGUCAGUGCGGUGACCCUAUCAUCGGAGACUGUGGCCAAGGCUCAAAGGCACGAUCCAGAGCAUGUGAUAAUCCAGCACCAAGAAAUGGAGGGGAAGCAUGCGGGGGUUCAAAUCAAGAAUCUUUGAGUUGUGACAUAAUAUGCGAACCCCCUGGUUUGUGGAAUGAGUGGGAACCUUGGAGCAGUUGUGGGAGUAUCGCGUGUGGGCCUACACCGGGACAACAAUCUCGAAGCCGAACCUGCGGCGCGCUGCCUGGAGCCAAGCCAUGUCCAUCUGAAGAUCCAGUGGAAGAGAUUAGGGAUUGCCCAAUGGAUUGUAAAGGUUACUAUUUGCACGCAUUGAAAAUACUAGCUUUCAUGCUUCAAGAUUUGAGGCCGGGACGGGGUAAAAUGUUCAAAGCUAAUCCAUCUGAUUGCACCCAUAUUAGUAAAACUGAUAAACAUAACACAUUCUGUUGAUAGUUUGUCCAAUAAAGUAGUGUAAGUU